CCCUCACCCUGCGCCCUGCAGGCGAGGGUCGGCGUCCGAGAGCCCCCCAGCGCAGCAAGAUUUAUUUUUCUGUAGCAUGCAGAGAGGAAGAGGGCGAGGAUAACGUGGUGCAGGGGACUGACCUUUGCCCAGGCUGGUCUGGGUAGAGGAGGACGACAGAGGAGUGGUCGGGCCUGGGGGACUCCAUGCAGGGGCCAUGAACAGAGUGGCACUCCUGGGCCUGCCCCGCCUGUGCGCGCUGUGGGCAGCCCUGUUCACGCUCUUCCCCUGCGGAGCCCAAGGAAACUGGAUGUGGCUGGGCAUCGCCUCCUUUGGGGUGCCCGAGAAGCUGGGCUGCGCCAACUUGCCGCUGAGCAGCCGCCAGAAGGAGCUGUGCAAGCGGAAGCCGUACCUGCUGCCCAGCAUCCGCGAGGGUGCGCGCCUGGGCAUCCAGGAGUGCCGCAGCCAGUUCCGGCACGAGCGAUGGAACUGCGCGGUGGCGGCCGCGCCCGCCGCCACCAGCCCGGUCUUCGGCUACGAGCUGAGCAGCGGCACGAAGGAAACAGCGUUCAUUCAUGCAGUGAUGGCUGCCGGCCUGGUGCACUCGGUGACCAGGUCUUGCAGUGCAGGCAACAUGACAGAGUGCUCCUGUGACACCAGCCUGCAGAACGGGGGCUCGGCGAGCGAAGGCUGGCACUGGGGGGGCUGCUCUGACGAUGUCCAGUACGGCAUGUGGUUCAGCAGAAAGUUCCUCGAUUUCCCCAUCGGAAACACCACGGACAAAGAAAGCAAAGUUCUCCUAGCAAUGAACCAGCAUAACAAUGAAGCGGGAAGGCAGGCCGUCGCCAAGUUGAUGUCCGUGGACUGCCGCUGCCACGGGGUUUCAGGAUCCUGUGCUGUGAGGACAUGCUGGAAAACCAUGCCCUCCUUCGAGAAGAUCGGUCAUUUGUUAAAGGACAAAUACGAGAACAGUAUCCAAAUCUCGGACAAAAUCACGAGGAAAAUGCGCAGGCGAGAGAAAGCGGAGAGGAAAACGCCGAUCCGCCAGGACGAUCUGCUAUACAUGAAUAAGUCCCCCAACUACUGCGUGGAGGACAAGAAACUGGGGAUCCCCGGCACGCAAGGCAGGGAGUGUAACCGCACUUCGGAGGGCGCCGACGGGUGCAACCUGCUGUGCUGUGGCCGGGGCUACAACACCCACGUGGUCCGGCACGUGGAGAGGUGCGAGUGUAAGUUCAUCUGGUGCUGCUACGUCCGCUGCCGCCGAUGCGAAAGCAUGACCGACGUGCACACCUGCAAGUGACCGUGUCCUUCAGCCAACGCGGCGACAGCGCAGCUCAC